GGCACUAAUGUUUCUCCACAGCGCAUGCGCAUCAAACAAUGAGGUCUAGUCCCUCACAAACAUGGCGGAGAGCUGAUGACGCUCUUUCAAAACCGCCGGCGUUUUUAAAUGACGUGGUCAUGAAGCGUGCAGCCUGCUUGGUAAUAAGGCAUCAUGUCUUCUGAUGCGGUCAGUGAUUCCAGAGCAGAAGGAAAUGAGCAGGAGGUCCAAGGUGGAGGAUCUGAAAUAUUGUCAAAGAGACAGAGAAAGAAACUUCUUAAACAACAGCAAUGGGAGGAACAGAGAGACUUACGCAAGCAGAAGCGCAAGGAGCGGAAACAGCAGAGGAAGUUGGAAAGACAGACGCAUGUGGAGGACAGAACAGACUGCCCUGACAGGAAGCGCAUUCGUAAAGAGGCAGAGCCCAGCCCUCUCCGUCUGGUCAUAGAUUGCAGCUUUGACAGCCUCAUGAUGCUCAAGGAUGUAAAGAAGCUUCACAAGCAGAUCCAGAGAUGCUAUGCAGAGAACAGACGAGCAGCACACCCAGUCCAGUUUUAUAUAACAAGCCAUGGUGGGCAGUUAAAACAAAAUAUGGAUGAAAUUAACAAAGGCUGGGUCAACUGGAAGGAUAUCCAUAUCAAGUCAGAGCCUUUUCAGGAAAUCUUAAGCAAAGAAGAUCUGGUGUAUCUCACCUCAGAUUCGCCCAACGUUCUCCAGGAGCUUGAUGAGGCCAAAGCCUAUGUCAUUGGAGGACUGGUGGAUCACAAUCACCAUAAAGGAAUAUCUUUUAAACGGGCUAACGAGCUUGGAAUCACUCACGCUCAACUUCCACUUGGCAGCUUCGUCAAGAUGAAUAGCCGCAAAGUGCUCGCCGUCAACCACGUGUUUGAGAUUAUGUUAGCAUAUCUGGACAAACAUGAUUGGAAGGAGGCUUUCUUCACCGUCCUGCCCCAGCGGAAAGGAGCUGUACCUGUGGGCCAAGAGAACAAACAGGAUCAGGAUGAGGAGCAGGAUGAGGAGGACUCAGAUACAUGUGAGACAGGAACACAAAAUAGCAAAAAUACAAAGGACCAAACAAAUGGCAAACAGGAUGAACAUGAAACUCAGCAAAACCAGUCAGAUUCAUGUGAACGGACUGAUGACUGAUGUAUAAGGAGAAGUGACUUUUUUUUUUUUAUUUUAACAAACCCUUUUUUGUGCCUAGACCUGAAAUGUGUUGUGUUGGCAGAUUUUAUUUAGAAUAUUUUUAAGUUAUUAAUAAUAGUUUUUUUUUUCAAUACUCCUGAAAUUCUGAAUGUUUAUCUGCCAGUAAAGUUUAGAUCUAAUCUCCUGCCAAAUGUACUGUUUAUUUCCAGGAAUGUCAUUGCUUUGUUUGUCUUAUUUUCAUUUGACAUCAGAAAAUGCAUUAAAAAAACGGCUUCAUAUGUUCAUAGUUUAACAUUGGCACCAAAUAAUUCCAAUUUA